UGUGUGGCUGACUGCUGACCUGAUGGGAAAGAGACACAACAUGAGAUCAAAUACAGGUUUGGUGGAAAUCAUAGGGUUGACAAAGAAAUUUACAUUUAAUCCUAAAGAGGGAAUAGACAACCCAGUGAUGGUCAUCACAGACGACGCCGACUCCGUUUUGACACCCAGCCCUCGUCUGUGUGUGCUCAAACGAGAGGAAGGGGAGUCAUUUGGCUUCCAUCUGCGGGUGGAAAGAGGGCGCCAUGGUCACAUAAUCAGAAAUGUUGUUUCAGGGGGGGUGGCAGGGCGCAGCGGCCUUCAAGAUGGAGACAGGCUUCUGGAAGUCAACAACUACUAUGUUGAUGAUGUUCCUCACCCUCAGGUGGCCAAGAGGAUAAAGCUAUGUGGACACCAGUUAUGUUUAUUAGUGUUGGACGGGGAGGAAUAUGAGCAGGUUCUGUCCCGAGGUCAAGACCUCCAAGGUCUGGUCAGAGCACACAAAGGCGAAAGCUGCAAACCACCCAGACUCUGUCACAUCACCAGGGAUCCUGUCUCAGGUCUGGGCAUUAACUUCACACCUGUGGAAGGAGAGAAAGGCCACUUCUCUGUGAGCCUGGUAACAGGAGGUGCAGCUGAAAAGGCAGGAGUUUGUAAGGGGGAUCGCCUAGUAUGGAUGAACGGAGCAACAGUGUCCGAUCUCACUCACUCUGCACUCAGCAGGAUGAUGAAAAAAUGUGGCGAUCACAUCACCAUCCUAGUAAUUGACAGUGAGAGUGAGAAGGAGCACAUGCGACAGAGGAUGCCUAUCCUGCCCACCAUGGCUGUGCCACAUAACCUGCCUUGUAGAGCUAGAAAACUCCACCUGGUCUCUGGGGGAAACUCUAAUGGCUACGGCUUCCUCCUUCGGCUGGAAAAGGAGCCAUCAGGACGCAUAGCUCAUGUGCUGCGAGAGGUGGACGUCGGCAGUCCAGCCGAGAGGGCAGGUAUGCUGGACGGAGAGCUGCUGCUGGAGGUCAAUGGAGAGUCAGUGGAGUCACGACAGCAUGAGGAGGUUGUGAACAGAGUGAGAGAGAGUAAACAACAUGUCUCUCUCACCACCAUCGCUCCCCAGGGGCUAGAGUUUUACACCCAGUUGGGUCUGUCUCCUCUUAUCUUCUGUGGGGAGAAUGCUGAGAAAGAAAAUGAGAGCAGUGUACCAGCCUGUGCAGCAGAGCAGCCAUUAAAGAAGGACAUGGAUGACUCGUGCAAGCCCAGGCUCUGUUCUCUCCAAAAAGGCCCUUUGGGUUUUGGUUUCAACCUCGGCUGUGUCCCCCAGAGUCGCGGGACCUUCAUCAGCCUGGUGGCUUUUGGGGGCGCAGGGCAGAGAGCAGGACUACUUGUGGGUGAUGUGGUGAUGGAGGUCAAUGGACAAAAAGUGGAGGAUAAAUGUCUGGAAGAUGUGAUUAUGCUUGUGAAGGAAGGAGGACAUUUUCUUUCCUUACUAGUCAUGGAUAAGACCAGCUACAACAAGUUGAAACAGACUGACUCACCUACUAGAGAUGUCACUGACAGUGAGGAGGAAGAAACUCAUGAGAUAUCAUCCUUGUGAGAGACAACAUCUCAAACAACUCUGAUGACAUCAUAUGCCCACUGAGGAGACUUCAAACUGAGCUUUACCAGAAACUUGUCUCAUAUUAUUAUCAUUAUAUUGGCCUGGAUCUAAUUCCAGGGCUUCAUAAAGGAAUCCAAGAGAUGAUAAAAUAAGCAAAAUGAAAAUCAGAUAAAGGUGUACCUGUGUCAGUUGUGCAAAUCACAAAGAAAUGUUGUAAUGUGCAUUUCUGUAUGAUAUGAAAAUGUCAUUUUGUUCAGUAUUAUACAUUUAGAGAUGUAAAACCUUUAGUCUUUAGAUCUAAAUCAGAUGAAAUACUUUGCAUUGUAAAAUUCAGAGGAAAUAAACUGAUCCACAUCUUAAAAACCCAUAAUCUCUAUACACUAAUGAUCAUAUUGUACUUAGAUUAAUAGAAACCAACAGCUGUAUGGAAGCAGAAACACAUUCAGAAAUCUGGAGAACUGCUUUCUUUAAAAAAUGAUCAGCAGUAAUUGAAAUGACUAAAAAAGCAAAAACAAAACACUGGUAUGGCCCCUUAAUACUAUGUAAAAAACUGUUGAUGUUUUUCUUUCUUUUUGGUGGAGUGUAAAGUUAUGUGUAUGUGUUUUACCUAUAGAUGUGACAUUACAUAUAAAAUGUUCUUGCAGAGAAAGUAUAUGUGUAUUGACAAUGUAGCUUACAGCAAAUGUUGUAGUGAUGGAAAAAAAUCUUUGUUCUAUUGUGUAACGGUUGCUGUAAUCUUACCUGUAUUUACCAUCCAUUAGCUAAGUUAAACUUGACAUGGCCUAAUAUAUAAAAUUCAAACACAUAAGUGAAAGCAUGAUGCCAUGGUGUUUACAAAAAUGCAGAAAUGGAGGUGUGCACAAUAGUGCUGUUGUUUUAGCAGAAUUUAUGCAACCAAAGAUUUUCAGGUAACUGAUACCCCGUUAUUACCACAUAUAUGCCAUCAUUUGGUGUUGUUGAUAUCUUGGCUGAGACAGUGAUCUUAUGAAUAAUAUCAUGGCCUGGGAUGUGGGACCUUCUCCAUCAUAAGUACAGUAUAAUUGUGUGUCAUUUCAUCCACUUGCCAAUUACUUGGCCUGGAACAGUAUACUUGACCCACAUCAAUUUCCUUAACAUGAAAUCUGAUGUGUUCUAUCUAGUAAAAACCACAGCUAAAACAUUUCUCCCACAUAGGGUCUAACUUAAGGACACUUUAAACCCUUGGUUGGGGUGCAGCUAAUUAAUAUUUUCAUUAUUGAUUAUCUAUUUUUACACUUAGCCCAAGGUGACAUCUUUUCACCA